CAUCCCUUCAUCUACAUCAUUUAUGAAGAAAAGAUGUUUUCGCUGCAAAAUCAAAACCAGGCAUUCGCUACGUUAACGCAAUUCUCAUCGAAAAUAAACACAAGGAUACAAUUAACAAAACCGUCGAGCAGAAAGCAAAAAAAUGCCCAAAACUUUCUAUGCAUGGACAGUUUCUCGGAGGCUCUAAAGAACUGCGAUUUCUCAUUUGCUAAACACUUGAACUCCAAAUCGUUGUUCGAUAGCAAUUUCAAAAACAACUUCAAAGUUUCGUACAAGUCCGGCGACAGUUUCUUCGAAAACAAACACGGUUUCUCGGAGAGCCACUUAAAUGACACCAUCCCCACGGUUCUAUUGAAAAGCAACAAAAUUCACGCGACCGAUGGUUUCUACCAGAAACUUAUGUCCAGUCUCCUCGAGGAGAACCGGUUCUCUUUCAACAUACAAUUCAGAACGUUCAAAACCGAUAGGAACAUCAAAGCCGAGCUAUCUCGGAACCCUCCCAUAUCGGAUAGGGUGAAAAACGCCCUGGGCAUGAACGGAAACGAAAUCCCCCAGGAAAAGAAAUCGGCCACUUCCUCGGAUAAGUUAAAGCAAUUGCUCAAUUCCGAGGACAAUCUGAACGAAGUGGAGAAGCAAAGGAUAAAAUUAGCAUUCGCAGAAGGGUACUUGAUGGGAUCCAAUUCGUCGAACAAACCCGGAAAGUCCACGAGAUAUCUAAAAGUCGUCACGCAAGUUUUGACCGUUAUCAUAUUCCUAGCUAUAAUCGUUAGUCUCUUAGCUAGCGCCAGCGGAUCGGUCUUCAGAAUACAAUUGGGCAAUCAAGUGGAAGUGGAUCCCGAGGAAAUUCACAUAACCUUCGAAGACGUCAAAGGAGUGGACGAGGCCAAGCAAGAGCUGAAAGACGUCGUCGAGUUUCUGAAGAGCCCCGAGAAGUUUUCCACGCUGGGCGGAAAAUUGCCCAAGGGCGUUUUAUUGGUGGGUCCUCCUGGUACCGGAAAAACUCUGCUAGCCCGAGCGGUAGCAGGCGAAGCGGGAGUGCCCUUUUUCCACGCGGCAGGCCCCGAAUUCGACGAGGUUUUAGUCGGACAAGGGGCUCGAAGAGUCAGAGAUUUAUUCAAGGCCGCGAAGAAACGGGCCCCUUGCGUGAUAUUCAUCGAUGAAAUCGAUUCGGUGGGUUCGAAACGUACGAACAGCGUAUUGCACCCGUACGCCAAUCAGACCAUCAAUCAAUUGCUCAGCGAAAUGGACGGAUUCCACCAAAACGAGGGCGUUAUCGUGUUGGGGGCGACUAAUAGAAGGGACGAUUUGGACCAGGCCCUACUGAGACCCGGCAGAUUCGAUGUCGAGGUUACCGUUCCCACGCCCGAUUAUACGGGAAGAAAGGAGAUUUUGGGCUUGUAUUUGAGCAAAAUUCUAGCCAAAGACGUCGAUUUGGAUUUGCUGGCUAGAGGGACUACGGGUUUCACCGGGGCCGAUCUGGAAAACAUGGUUAACCAAGCCGCAUUGAGGGCAGCGAUCGAUGGGGCCGACAACGUGAGCAUGAAACACUUGGAAUCGGCGCGAGACAAAGUACUGAUGGGUCCCGAAAGGAAGUCUCGCAUUCCCGACGAAGAGGCCAAUCUGAUAACGGCCUAUCACGAGGGCGGCCACGCGAUCGUGGCCUAUUACACCAAAGACAGCCAUCCGUUGCACAAGGUGACUAUCAUACCGAGAGGGCCGAGUCUCGGCCAUACGGCUUACAUACCGGAGAAGGAACGUUACCACAUCACUAAAUCUCAGCUAUUGGCUAUGAUGGAUACCAUGAUGGGGGGCAGGGCGGCCGAGGAGCUCGUGUUUGGGCCCGAUAAGAUUACUUCGGGGGCGAGUUCUGAUUUGAAACAGGCCACGUCCAUUGCUACGCAUAUGGUUAAGGAUUGGGGCAUGUCGGAGAAAGUGGGGCUUCGUACAAUGGCGGAUAGUUCGAAGGCGUUUCAAUCGGAAACGCUGGGGCCUAGUACUAGCGAGGCGGUCGACAGCGAAAUUAGGAAAAUUCUAUCGGAAAGUUACGAAAGAGCUAAACAAAUACUAAAAAUUCACGCUAAAGAACACAAGGCAUUGGCCGAGGCGCUCUUGAAAUACGAAACGUUAGACGCGGAAGAUAUAAAAGCCAUAAUGUCAGAGAAAGGCGCGGAAAAGAAGAAAUCGUAGAAGGAGAUUCUAUUUUAUCUAGUUCGGCAUUUUUUUUCUCGUCUCUUCUUUUCAUCAAAGAUUUAGUUAUUUAGCGAAUUUGUAAAUAAUUUUUAACUUGCGGUGGUUUUUUGUUCUACGCGCCGAAAUUGAGCGUAAAAGUUGGCAAAGGAAAUUUUGUUCGAGCCGAGAGUACAGGGAAACGUUUUCUUUUUCUUUGUAUAAAAAUAUAUUUAAGUGAAUUGAUUCGAUUCUUAACGUUGAUAAUAAUUUCGAUUUACGAUUUUACGGGUUUUUUUUGUUCCGACUUUUCUCCGCCUGCAAAGUAAACUAAAGUAAUUUUUGAACAAUAAACUUAUUUCCCCGUUUUUAUUUUCUCGAUUUUAGGUAAUUACAACCGAAGAAGCAAUGGAUAUUGUGUAUAAAAAAAACAAGUUAGAUUUUAAACAUAUAUUUCUUAAUUUCUACGAAUAAAUCGCAUCUAAAAGUAGCAUUUGAUGUUUUACAGUUUUCCAAUUAUUAUAUAGUUCCACUUUUUUUUAAGAUGUGAGAGCUAGUUUGUUAUUAUACGUAUAAAAAAAUUUGGCACCCAGACAUCAUCAGAUUUCAUCCGAGCAUGUAUUAAUUAAUUCCAUAUCAAAAUAAAAUUAUAAUUAGGAUCAAUUACUUACGAGUCGAUAAUACAUUUAUAUAAAAAAUACAGCAACGAAUAUGAUAAAUAACAAUAGACGAGACUUAAAAAUACAAUAAGUAAAUUUCACCUUUGUAACUAUUACAUAUCGAUAAAGGAGCUACAAAGGGAAUUCCUUCGAAAUCACCAUCAAAAAUCACGGAGAAACUCAAACAUAAUCUACUUAUCCGUAGACUAUGAUAGACUCCACACGUUCAGCUCACCCGGCCAAUAAAUUACAGAAAUAAAUAAUUAAUCCUACGAAGAAUUAGUAGCCUUCUCGUUAUCCGCGUGCAACUGUUGAUUCAAAAAGGCCACGUUGCUCGAUUUCAACCGCAACGCGGCCGCCCCGUAGGGGCACGGAGACAUGCAAGGCGUCGAAUUCAAACUGUUGCUUAUAUCGCACUGAUCCAACAUCAGCAACAACUCCUCCGUACUGGGCCCCCCGUUCGACCGGGCCCCAUCGUAGCACAACUCCAGCGCCGUUGUGAGAUCCCACAUUUGAAUGGACCCGUUCGAAUGCCCCGUGAAAAUGAACCUCCUCGGCCUCGAUCCCAUUCGACUGGAGCCCUCGCAUUCGUGCACGUAGAAAGCCGUCACCGUACUGCCGUCGAUCGAUUUUAUCACGCAUAUUCUCUUCCCGUUGCUGGCCAAUCUGACGAAUAUCUGAUCGGAAUCGGGCACCACUUUCUGUACAAACACCUGCUCGUCGUCCUGCUCUCCGAACGGCCCGCAAUCCACCGCAGCUCCGUAAUUGACGCACGUGGACGGUUCUAUCGUUUCCAGCGCCACGAUUUUGAACGAAGCCUCCGGCGUCGAGCCCGGCUGCGUCGACAGCAUUCCCCUGAACCUGGUCACCCUCCAACUUCUAACGUGAUUGUACUCCGAACACACGGACACCAGGUACUUCUCCGACAGCGUUACUUUCACCACUUUGCUCUGGUGCACGGUGAACGUUUGGAACAAUUGGGGCCCGUGACCGACGGUCUCCGGAUGUUGCACGAUCAAUCUGACCGCUCCCGAUGUGGUACCGUACGCUAUUUCUAUCCAGUUACCGCAGAUGUUCGUUUUGGGCGUCAAGUAGACGGAUAUGGCCGUGACCGGCUCGCCGUUGGGGUCUUUGUACAAUUCGGUCACCAGCAAAUCGUUGUCUUUCAUUCUCAACGGGAAUUUCUGCAUGUCUAUGUAGUAAAUGCAGCCGUUGUUGCAGCCUAGCAACAGUAUCGAACCGGCCGUAUCGAACGAAGCUAUGGGCAUCACGUCUUGCGUUUGCCAUUGCUGCGUCAUGGCGUGCCACACGCCCAAUUUCCCCGACGGGGACAAGGCCACCAAUUGGCUACCGAUGAAGAACAAGUACUCGACUCUCACGUGCAGAUUGAAGGUGCCCACGUUCGUUCGUUGGCCCAUAUCGGAGAUGCCCCACAGCCUCACCUGGCUGCCGUACGAUAUGGCCACCAUUUUGGAGGUCUCCGAGGCGCCCAUCUUGGCGUUGACGGCGAUCCGUUCGAUUUGAUUGUCGAUGUACGGGCUGGUAAACACCAACUGCCACCCGCUGGAAUCCUUCAAUCUGUAGCACACCACGAAAUGGGCGUACGACACGACGAUCCAAUUGUGAUGGGCCUUGAUGAUUUGCACCCGAAGCGGAUCCGCCCAACAGGUGCUGGUCAUCCCGAAGAUCAGACCGAUGUCGUUGCGAAUCAGCUUGUUCAAAUCGGCCGAGGAGUUUCUCGUGUGCCUCAAAUCCAGCGAGGCCGCCCUCGAAUGGCCUCGGCCCGGCAGGCCUCGCAAAUCCUGCGAGCUCCUGCUGUAGCUGUUCGAUACGCCUAAUCGUAGCUCUAACGAUGAGUUCCUGGAGUGUCCUUGCGGUCUGGCGAUCGCAGGAUGAUUGCUGUUUUCAGGUAACUCCACCUGCCCUUCGGGGAGCCUGCCGGUUCCCCUAGGAAUAGAUUCGGUCGAUUGGAAAGCCUGGGCCGGUAUGCAGGGCGGCGAAAGGGCCCCGUAGAAUAAAAUGUCGCCGCAGGUCGGCUGGGCCAGUUCCUCGCAUAGUAAGAGCCUCCUUACCAGCGGCGCCACGUUGUAGUACUCGGCCUCGUGUCGCAGGGCGCGUAUCUCGACGCCCUGCAAGUCUAUUUCUCUCGUUCGCAGGUAGUUUAGGAUGAUCGAAAAGAAUUUGGGGUCUCUGUCGAUGAAAAUGGCCCCCUUCUCGUCGCGCAGGCUGGAUAUCCGGCCGCUUAGGAGAGCUGUGAAAAAGGUGUCGGGUAUUAGAGAGAGCGUUUGUCUCGAUGUGGUGAAUCUCUUGCCGCCCACGUUCAAAUGCAAUAUGUCUCCGAGGCUCUGCUGGGAAAAGGCCAUUUUUAACGGGUUCAAUUCUUGCGAAUGUUGCGAUUAUUAUACUGCGCUAUUUCCAUUGUGUUGAAUUAACGUAACGGGCACAUUACUCACGACUGACACGGCCUGAAAAUAUUUACAAAACAUCUUAUUUUCGACAGUUUCUUUUGAUCAAUUUUUUCACGAUGACAACUCGAAUAACU